GAUCUACAAUGGGCCAAGGAUUCUCUCUAACGACACUGUCGGCGGGCUCCGCCAAUAUAGAUGUUCCGGAGCUCUAUGAUUUGGCUUACGAGAAAUCCCUGGGAACUGCUCGUUUUAUGAAAUCGAUCCGAGCCCGUCAUCAUGAUGGCUUGGUCUUCGUUAAAGUUGUGGUUAAGCCUUACUCGAGCAUGAAGCUCGACCAAUACGUGAAGGAGCUGCUACGAGAGCGAAAGGCUCUUGCAGACAUUCCUAACGCGUUAGGGUACGAGAGAAUAUUGGAAACAAGCGCAAAUGGAUAUUUGGCCAGGCAGUAUAUUCAUAGCUCGCUUUACGAUCGGAUGAGCACGAGGCCUUUUCUUGAAAAUAUUGAGAAGAGAUGGCUGGCGUUUCAGUUACUUUGCGCCGUGCGAGAUUGCCAUGCCCGCGAAAUAUAUCAUGGCGAUAUUAAGACAGAGAACAUUUUAGUUACCUCAUGGAACUGGCUCUUCCUUUCUGACUUUUCAUCAUCUUUCAAACCAACAUACCUUCCAGAGGAUAAUCCGGCGGACUUUUCAUAUUAUUUUGACACAUCAGGGAGGCGGACCUGCUAUUUAGCACCCGAACGAUUCUAUUCCCCAGCAACCCAGAAUGAAGAGAGAGGACCGGUCAAUUGGGCUAUGGAUAUAUUUAGUGUUGGCUGUGUAAUAGCAGAGCUCUUCCUUGAAGCACCGAUAUUCUCUCUGAGCCAGCUUUACAAAUAUCGGAAAGGAGAGUACGACCCGGAGCAUGCGCAUUUGAGAAAAAUUGAGGAUAGGGAUAUUCGAGAGCUGGUCUCUCAUAUGAUUCAGAUCGAGCCGGAAUCAAGAUUUCCUGCAGAGGAAUACCUUAAUUUCUGGCGCCGCAAAGCGUUCCCCGAGUAUUUUUACAGCUUUUUGCAUCAAUACAUGGGUCUUAUCACCGAUCCUUCAUCUGGCCGUGCUCCGAUCACUACCGGAAUCACAAAUCUGGGAGAAGCAGAUGACAGAAUCGACCGAGUUUUUUAUGAUUUUGACAAGAUUUCCUACUUUCUAGGCUAUGAUACCCCAAACAAGCAUUCUCCAAAUACCUCGUCCAGCGUGUUGGGCUUUAAUUUGAUACCCGUGCAUUUGGAUAUUCCAAACAAUCGUCACCAGGCGUCAGCCACAAGUUUUCGUCCAGCCGAGGAUGGCACACUUAUUUUUCUGACAUUAAUCGUAUCAUCCUUGAGGAAUACGGCAAGAUCCACGGCGAAGAUUCGGGCUUGUGAUAUACUUUUGGCGUUCGCCGAGCGUAUCCCGGACGAGGCAAAGAUUGAUCGUGUCCUUCCAUACGUUAUGGCUCUGCUCAACGACCCGGCAGAUAUUGUCCAAAUUGCCGCCCUCCGAACCGUGACCCAGCUGAUGGCUAUGGUGUCUGUAGUUUCACCUAUAAACGCAUACGUUUUCCCGGAAUAUGUUCUUCCUCGGUUUCAGCCUUUUUACCCUGGAGCGACACCAAAAAUGAAGCCUACAGUUCGUGCAACAUACGCAGCUUGUUUAGCGACGCUUGCGAAUACGUCCUCUAGGUUUUUGGAUUUGGUUCAAGCGCUGAGAGCGGACGGCUCUUUACCCACAGCUGAUCCCGAAGCGGAAGAUAGUGUUGCUACGAAUGCGGCCUAUCAAAAUCUGUUUGACGUCGCCCGUACCGACUUGGUAGACUACUUUGAGUCUCACACAAAAGCGCUUCUUACUGACAAUGAUCCCUCGGUGCGAAGAGCAUUUCUUGGCUCUGUAUCUAGCCUGUGCAUUUUCUUUGGUAGUUUAAAGGCCAGCGACGUAAUUCUCAGUCACCUCAACACGUAUCUCAACGAUAGAGACUGGAUGUUGAAAUGCACCUUUUUCAAAACGAUCGUCGGCGUUGCAACAAUUGUGGGAAGUUUCAGCUUGGAAGAAUUUGUCUUGCCAUUGAUGGUGCAAGCACUCACAGAUCCGGAAGAGUUUGUGGUCGAGAAUGUGCUUCGCUCACUUGCUAGCAUGGCAGAGCUUGGAUUAUUUCAGCGUUCGAAGACAUGGGAGAUUAUCGGCAUCGUCUGCAGGUUUAUGAUGCAUCCGAAUGCUUGGAUCCGAGAAGCAGCAGCGCAUUUCAUUUCGUCUGCUACAUCAUUCCUCCCUGUUGCAGACAAGCAUUGCAUUAUAGGGCCGCUCCUUCAGCCGUAUUUUAAGACGCCAGUCACAGAUUUCAAUGAGCUUCUCCUCCUUGGUGUUCUCAAAAAGCCCCUCUCUCGAGGAGUCCUUGACCUGGCCGCAUCUUGGGCUACUAAAGUCGAAAAGGGAGAAUUCUGGAAGGACGGCCAGGCGCAGAGAAUAUUCGCAUUCGGGGCAGUCGAAGAUCCGUUCUUCGGUUCCUUCUCAAAGCACACCGGAAAUAACGCUUUGAAUAAGGUCUCAAAGAAUGAGGAAGACGAACAAUGGCUCACCCGGCUACGAAAUAUAGGUAUGGCGCCCGAGGACGAAUGGAAACUGCUGGCUUUGCGCGAAUAUAUCUGGCGAAUGGCGCCGAGGAAACCCAAAGAAGGAGCCGGCAACGCAGCUUCUCAUCUCAAUAAUGUCAUAACUUUGAAGCAACUCGAGAUCACUCCACAAACAGUAUUUUUCAACGAGAAACAAUACCCUCUAACUCAGGCUGAACUCAGAACUCAGCGUACUCAGUCCCAGGGUGAAGGGGCGCCUCACACCAUUGCGGAUGCGCUUCUGGAUGCAUCGUCUACGAUUGAUAAUCCUGGAAAUCGCAGGAAGAGGCCACUUACUUCCAAUGGAAGAGAAAGUUUAGAAUUCGCGCCGCUUCUGGGGCCGGGCGACGUGGAAAGUGCAGCCAUUGACUCGCCCACCUUACCGUCACCGUCUUCGCUCCCUCCUUCCCGCCCUGGCGAGCAGCAGGAUAUCUUACCGCUAGAGCCGGAUGGAGAUUCUCGCGUUAAAAGUUUACGGCCUUCUCAGGUGGCCGUAGAAGCCCAAGAGGAAUCAAUUGAUAACGGAGAGGUGGCAGAUGGCAGACCAACCAAGCAUAAUCACCACAUGCGUCAUCAGUCCAGUGCCAUGAAUCUCAUGAAUAGGGCGGAUUUAUCCAAGGCCUAUGCAGAGACCAGUACGACUUCUACAAAUGUCUUUGGGAAGGUGAAUAGUGCCAUGCCACGAGAGCCGUCGGUUCACAAAUCAGAAAAUACGCCGAAGGAUCAGAAAAGCUCGGAAAGCGAUUACUCGAUCCGUUUCCGUGCUGCACACACUUAUGAUGGCAAUGAUCCAAGCGUUCUGAAACUGCUUGACUCUUUAUACGUCGAAAAUUAUCCAGCCGACGUUGUGGAAUUUGGCCCCAUGGUAACCCCUAUCAGCCGUCGACAACCUAUAAAGAGGAGCAGUGGCAACACAGCAGAGCGUCCUUGGCGACCUGAAGGUACCCUGGUGGCCACCUUUGGCGAACAUACGGGUCCAAUAAAUCGGGUUCUUGUAGCCGCUGACCAUGCAUUCUUCAUUACGGGCUCAGAUGAUGGUACGGUUAAGGUUUGGGAUACAGCAAGAUUAGAGCGCAACCUUGCUCACCGUGCAAGACUGACUCACAAGCAUGCGCCGGGCGCCAAAGUGAAAUGUCUCGCUUUUGUUGAGAACACGCAUAGUUUCAUAAGUGGAGCGUCUGAUGGGAGCAUCCAUGUAGUCAAAGUUGACUAUAGUGCUGGUGCUACUGCCUCGAGAUACGGGAAGUUGCGAUUGCUCCGAGAAUAUACCCUCCCAAAAGGCGAAUUUGCCCUAUGGAUGGAGCAUUUCAAAGCCGAAACACACUCGGUUUUGCUAGUGGCCACGAACAAGUCGCGCAUCUUGGCCCUGGAACUUCGGACCAUGAAGGUUUUGUACUCCUUAGAGAAUCCUGUUCAUGAUGGGAUCCCUACCUGCUUCUGCCUCGAUCGAAAGCAUACUUGGCUCCUUCUUGGCACAUCGCAUGGUGUUUUGAUCCUUUGGGAUCUCCGAUUCCAAAUCAAAUUGAAAGCUUGGGGGCUGGCGGGAGGCACAGCCAUACAUCGACUUUGUGUUCAUCCUCUCAAAGGACGAGGAAAGUGGGUGUGUGUAGCUGGUGGAACGGGUCAAGAGGAAAUAACUGUUUGGGAUAUUGAAAAGGCACAGUGUCGAGAGGUAUAUCGUACCGGUGGAAGCAAAGAGGGCUGGAAAGGCUAUGAGCCUUGGAAGAUAGAGGAUGAGCGACCAGAGGGAAUGCUUGGGCGGUUUGCGACCGCGUUGGAACCAAGCGGUAAUGCAGGCAUUGACAGAGGCGUUCGAUCGCUCGUUGUUGGUCUGGAUACCUCGGACGAUGGUCGUGACUCUCGUUGUGGUUUCCUGAUCACAGGUGGUUUCGAUCGGAAGGUUAGGUACUGGGACAUGACUCACGUUGAAGGCUCUUUGAUCGUCAGUGGUCUAGACAUUGAUGAGCUGAAACCCACCUUCACCUCUUCUCAUCCAACGGCCUCAUUGACUGUCAACGCAGAGCGAUUCCCGCAGCCUGCACCAACGGCACCAAAUGCCGGAGUUGGAAAUAAAACUUCAAGCAACACGGCCAAAAAGGUGACAGGUCGGCUUCCUCGCUCUACAGUGAUAUCAUUGCAGCAGCAAAACCUUCUCAAAUCGCAUCUCGAUAUUAUAUUAGACGUUGCAUUGCUGGAGUCUCCAUAUGGAAUGAUUAUCUCGGUUGACAGGUCAGGCGUUAUUUAUGUAUUUCAGUAAUGGGCCUGGAUGGAGGAGUCGAGCGGUUGCUAGAAUAUUACAAUCAAUGGCAG